AGAAAAUAUAGUAUACUGCAGUGCUAAUGAUCUUCAAACUAUCUCAUUUGAACAUUCAUCAAUCACUAAAGCCUAUGGAAGAGAUUCUUGCGGUCUUAACUAUUUGCUUGGUGUAGCCCUUCGUUUACUUUCUAUAACCUAUCAUGAAAAUAAGGUUGGACUCAAAAUGAACAAUAUUGGGAAGACUUCUAUUCCAUCUACAAUUUCAUUUCUUAAUGAUGAAACUGUUUAUAUCGGUUCAAGCUACGGAGAUUCUCAGCUUAUAAAGCUGAAACGACAGACAGUGGAAAUUUUGGAUAGUCAUGCCAAUUUGGGGCCAAUUCUCGAUUUUUGUAGGUUAGGCCUUGAAAGGCAAGGUCUAGGCGAGAUUGUAACCUGUUCUGGAGCUUACAAGGACGGUUCUCUUUGUGUUCUUUGUUACGCAUUAGGGAUCAAUGAAAAGGUUGAUAUUGACAUCGAUUGUAUUAAGAGAAUAUGGUCUCUGAAAUCCUCUAUAGACGAUCCCUUUGACACUUUUCUGGUCUUGACUAAUGCACAUGCGACACUUGUCCUCACAACAACGGAUUCUAAGGAUAAUUUUGUGGAAGCUGAGAUUGCGGGAUUUUGUUCUGACAAAGAAUCACUAUUUUGCCAUGAUGCAAUUUACAACCAAGUUGUACAAGUUACUUCUGAGUCUGUAAGAUUGGUGAGCUCCACAAUUAAAGAACUCAUAUGUGAAUGUCGUGCACCACGGGACAGUUCAUAUACUGUUGCUACUGGUAAUGCUGCUCAGAUUUUGUUGUCUUGUAUGUACGGCUUGGUUUAUAUGGAAAUUGAAGAUGGUAAACUUUUGAUAAAAAAGGAAACCAGACUGGACAGUCAUGUCUCAUGCCUAGGCAUAAAUUCCAUUGGCAGAAACCCUAAUCACAGUAAUCUAGCAGCAAUUGGGUUCUGGGCAGAUCAGGAUCAUUAUCCGAAUGUGGCAAUAUAUUCUCUUCCGGACCUUGAUAAAAAGCAAAAGGUGCAGGUUGGUUCAGCACCAGAAGCAACGCCUCGAUCUGUUCUUUUUUGGGCUUUUGAAGAAGAGAUUUCUUACUUGUUAUGCGGCCUGGAGAAUGGCCAUUUGGUUUACUUUUGGUUGGACGCAUUUGGCAGCUUAACAGAUAGUGAAACAGUCUAUCUUGGGACAGGUCUCCCAUUGCUUUGCGCUCUUUUUCAUACAACAACACAUCACAUGUCUUAGCCGUGUCUCUUGAUAGAACAAUUCUGAUAAAUAGAAGCAGAGAAGACUUUCUUUUUAGCUACAUAAAAAUGAAGGAGUUGUUGUAGGGUCAAACACCCACACAUCGUCUCAAAAAACACAGUAAAGAAGCAAAACAAUCUCCAUAUUCAGUGCAACACGGUGGUCAACUUGAGUACUUGUUCAUAUAAGUCUGCAGAACAAUCCACACCCACACGGCCAGCAAUCUCAUUCCUCUUACUCUCCUCAAGACCAAGAAACAGCUCCAUGAUAUCCCCAUCCAGAAAGUAUCUGGUCCGUGUCCCCGGUUGGCGGUUAACUUGUCUCCAUUCCUUGUAAGAUAGCCCUACAACAUCGUUAUCGGUCGCCU